AUGGUUGUUUCCCAGGAGGCUACAUGUACUGCGAUCAUUCGUGUUUUACGGUUUGACCGCAAUUUGCUUGAACCAACAAUAAUCCCUCGAACGGAAGGAUUCAGUAUGGCAAAUGACUCCAAGCCCUCUCGGAGUGCAGGACGCGGUGCUACCAAAGCAAAGUCUCGCACUAGCAGGUCGCGUGCUGGUUCGCCUUGUUCUGUUCGGUCGACAGUCUCUACGUCCAAGACGGACCGUAAUACUCUGAACCCAGUGGCGAAGCUACGCAAAGACCUGGGACAUUCUAUAACGAAAACCGCCCGGAAGAAAGAUUAUGAGGCGACACAUCGACAAUGUUUGGAUGUGAUGGACCAGAUUCAAGAAGAGUUUGAACUAGCUCUUGGGAAAAUGGACGACGAGAGAGCCCAUGGUUCCCAGUUGGUGCAGCGUCUGCAAGUUGAAAAGGCCCAGGAAACUUCGAACUUACAGCAGGCUAUCACAGCAAAAGACAAAGUCUUGGAGGAGAACCAGAGGCUUGAAAGAGAACUCUGCCAAAUCAAGCAACAGCAGGAGUCAUCUGAUGCCACCAUGCAGGAUCAGGUCUCAUGGAACGAUAUUCAGCCGGUCUUGCAUCAGACACACUGUGAGAUGGUAUCUGCGACCACUCGGCUCUGGAACACGAUCGAUGCUCUUCAGAAUCGUAGACCGGCGCCCUACUUGCCUGGCUCUGAAGUAAUUCACGGAACUUGGCCCGACCAGGACGGCCCGCUGGGGAAUUUGGGUCACAAUGCCCUACCCGGAUUCUCCGCAUCGAGUAAUUACCCACUUGUUACCCAGCAGGUGCCAGCGCCAACCAACCAGUAUGAAUCGCUUGUGUGA